CUGCACCCACGCACCGAUGACGACACUGGACAAGACGACCGUGAAUGGCCCGAACUCAAAUCACAACAACAAACAAACAAACACUUUGAUACCCCAAUUACCUUUUGACACUAUACCCCCAACACACACCUAACACAUAAGAACAUCAUCCAAUAUGUCCGGCAUCAUCAACAAGAUCAAGGAGGCUGUCCACAGCGACAACUCUGCUCAUCACGGCGCUCCUGAAGGCACUGCCGGCCCCCACAACUCCCACGUUGCCAAUGCUGCCGACCCUCGUGUAGACUCCGACAUGGACGGCUCCCACCGCAAGGUUGCCGGCCACGGCGAGCACGGCAGUGGUCACGCCGCUUACGGCGGUGGCCACCCCGAGGCCUACACUCUCGGCGGUAACCCUACCGGUACCCACGCCGGCACUCACACUGGCACUCACACCAGCAACACACAUGGCACUUCCGAGGGCGCCUAUGGCCCCCACGGCUCUCGUGCUGCCAACGCUCUCGACCCCCGUGUUGACUCCGAUCGUGAUGGUUCCCACAACACCGGCUACAACACUCACAGCACCGGCAACACCUUUGGCUCUACCGGUACCCACGGUACCUACACCACUGGUAACACCUUCGGCUCUUCCAACACUCACGGUACCUCCGAGGGUGCCUACAGUCCUCACGGCUCCCGUGCCGCCAACGCUCUCGACCCCCGCGUCGACUCUGACCGUGACGGCUCCAGGACCGCUGGCAACACCACUGGCACUCACAACACCGGUACCUUUGGCACCAUUGGCACCCACGACCGCCAGAACCACCCCUUCAGCUCUAACACCCACUCUAACGCUGCUGGCUCCGGCCACACCGGUGUGACCGGCACCCACGGUGCUCCCACUGGUACCCACGGUCCCCAUGAUAGCCGCGCUGCCAACGCUGUUGACCCCCGUGUCGACUCCGACCGUGAUGGCCGUGCCAAUCUCGGCCACCACUCCGGCCCUGGCCCCGCCCCCAACACUGCCGGCCCUCACAGCUCCGACAUGGCCAACAAGCUCGACCCCCGCGUCGACUCUGACCUCGAUGGCAGCAAGACCGUCGGCGGUAACAAGACCUACCAACAACAACCUCACACUUCCAACCUCGCCCACAAGGAUCCCACAGACGCUGCUCAGGUCCCUCCCUCUGUUCUCCGCAAGAGCGUUGGCGAGCCCGUCAUCGAGCACGCUGACCACGGACACCACCGCGAGAGGAGGAACAGCAUCAAGACCCACCAGGAGACUUAUAGCGGCAUUUAAUCUGUUGGUGUCUGGCUAAAAGUUAAACUCCGGUGGCGUUUAUGGCUUGAUGGCUUUCACGACUUUUAUGACUCUUGUUACUUUCC